AUUCAACUUCAUCUUUUUAUACUUUCACACCUGUAUCACAUCUUGAUAACAUGCGAGUGUUACCUAGAUUUCAGUAUAGGAUUGUGUCAAUGGCAAUUUGAAAAUUUGUAAGUCUCGUUACCUAAAAUCGAGGUGUGCAGUGUUGAUUUUGGCUACUCAGGCACAUAACCUCGAAUAUUUUCUCAGCGUGUUUCGUGAAAAAUCACAGUGAAUACAUAGAGUAAAGUGAAUGAUGGAACACAAAGAAGAUACAGUUAGGGUGAAGAAAGAGACCAACAAUACUUGGUCCGAUGCAGGUCACAAUAACGUUUUCGAUUCAUGGAAUUCUUGCGAAGAAAAAAAAUUUGAGACAUUCACGUUUUGCGAAUCAUCAGCAAAUCAAAUGAACGAGGCUAUGGAGUUUCAGGCGCCGUUAGAUGAAAGACGAUUAGUAGAAUUGGAGUGCAAAGAUGUGAAACCUGAACUUCCGGCUCUACAGACAAUCAUCUGCAAAUCGGAGCAUCAAAGUUUUAUACCAAUUGUGAAAAUAGAAAACGAAAAUCAGUGUAACGACACGAAUGAAAAAAUAUUCAUUGAUUUUGAGUGCAGAGAUGUGAAACCUGAACUGAAGUAUUUUUCAACAACUAUCGGAAAAAUUGAGAAUUGCGAGCAAUAUAAGGAUUUGGAAAUAUUUAAAAAAAUAUCUAAAACUAAAUUAUCUAAUGAGUGUAAAACGUGUCGAAAAACUUAUAAACAAAAAGUUAGUCUCAAAAGACAUGUCAAUGCAAAACACAACAGUAUUAGACCACAUCAAUGUGAGGUUUGUCAGAAGUCAUUUGGACAAAAAAGUCACCUUAAAACUCACGUAAAUGCAAUACAUAUUGGUAUCAAACCCUUUGAAUGUGAGAUUUGUCUCAAAUCAUUUUCAGACCAGAGUAAUCUCAAUAAACACUUAGGUACAAUACAUGAUCGUAGAAAACCCUACGAAUGUGUGAUUUGUCACAAAUCAUUUGGACAAAAAAGUCACAUCAAUAAACACAUAACAACAGUACAUGAUCGUAGCAAACCGUUUGAAUGUGAAAUUUGCCGCAAGUCAUUUGGACAAAGAAGUAAUCUCAUAGCUCACAUAAAUCUAGUACAUAAUCGGAGCAAACCUUUCGAAUGUGAAAUUUGUCAGAAAUCAUUUGGAUACCAGAGUGUACUCAAAGCUCACAUAAAUUCAAAUGACAGUACACGAUCAUAUCAAACAAUUUGA